AUGGACUUUCUCGCUAGCUUCAACUUUGAUGCCGAUAACUCUGCGAGCCCGAAAUCCACGUCUUGCGCAUCCAUUGAAGACUUGCAGCUUCGCCUUCGAGAUGUCCUCGCCGAAAAAACGACGCCCACCCGCGCCGAGCAUGUCGCCACCACCCUCGACGUUGGCGCCGCUGCACGCUUCAACCUGAGCCUUUCCACGACGGAGAACAGCGUGCUCGAGGGUCUCAACAACCUCGACCCCUCUCUCGGCGGGCUACACACCACAAGCGUCACUACGGAGAACCCCGGAGAGCAAACGACCCGCGACAUCAGCGCGACCGAUGCCCUGGUGAACCAACCUCAAGACGACCCGGUCCUGCAGCGAGCCGUUGCCCGGCACAUCAUCGCAGCCGUGGGCGCGACAGAUGGCAGCACCUGGAUUAUGCGAGAGAUGUCGCGCGGCUCCCAGGGUUGGAACUUCACCUACCUGUGUAGGGACUCCUCUCAACAAUGGGAUCGACAGAACAAGGCCAAGACCAAACUCAUCAUCGGCGAAUAUACCCAAAGGGACAUGGACCCGACUCUGGCGAGUCGACCGGCCUUUGAUUGCCGUGGCACGGUUAGAAUCUCAUUUGAUCGGGGAGGCCGUUCCAUCUCGAUAAAGUACGACCACACUCCACUGCACAAGACCAUCGCCGAAGUCGCCGAGUAUUUCAGACCAUCCCCGCGACCGACAAUCUUGCGAAAACCAGACAAGCCAGAGAAGCACAAGAGCCCAAAGAAACCGCCCUCCGCGCGGAAGAAGCGCGACUCUACCAAGGCCUUGGACGAGAAUGGCAACCCGAGGAAGCGGAAGAAGAACGCAACAGAAACUCAGAUGCAGGUCGCUCCAGCGCAUGAAAAACCGACGUUCGGUGAGAACGACGCCCAAAACGGCCAGGGAUCUCUCCAAUUUUCCGACGGUGUAGUCGCCGAUGGCUCUGCCAUGGAUGCGGCGCACACGGGACAAGGUCCUCAUCAACCUUCAGCUGCCGCUAACUUCCCACUCAACCUCUCGCCUGAAGAAGCAACACGUCGUCGGAAUGCCGCAACGAAGCUGCUGUCCGAGGCGGGCGUCGAUCCAGAAACGCUGUCGAUCGAGCAGUUCAGCAUCUUUGCCAACCAGUCGCCCGACCUGCAGAGGGAGUCACUCAACAUGCUUGUCAAGUACGGCGCAGAGCGGCUCCGUAUCGUGCACCCGAGCAACAGGGACAGCUCAACCUCGGUACCACCGAGCACCAUGCCGGCACCAAUGCAGAAUACUCACGCUGCACCCUCGGAAUCCAUGACCACGACGGAGCUGGUGGCUCCCGGCUCGGAGAACGAGAUCGAGGGGAUUGCCAAGGGCCCGAAGCGCAGAAAAACGGGCAGGUCGCGCACUGCGUGCCUUCAGUGUAAAGGCCGGAAGGUCAAGAUGGCCCAGUGUCCACGAGAGCGGCCCACCUGUGCCGAGUGCCAAACCAGCGGUUUGGCGUGCGAAUAUGCACCGCCAAGGCCCAGGAACAGCAAGAGUCAGUCGGACGCCGUCGUGCCUGCCGACUAUGACGCCGAGGAAGAUUCGCAACUUGAUUCAGCCCCUCCGCAGGAGCCGCCGGAAGAGGAGGUCCAGGAGCACCCGCAAAUGGCCCUGCCAGCAUAUCAACCCGUGGUGGGGGAGAUUCAAGAAGCCGGGUCGGAAGAGGAAGAGCUUCAAGACGGCGCGUCACAAGAAGAAGAGCCCCAGGACGAACACUCGGAGGUGGAUGCCGUGGCCGGGGGCGACGAACCCGACUAUUCAUCCUACCCGCAAAUCCCCGUCUCCGACAUGCUUUCACCGAAUGUCGACAUACAAAACCACACGACUCAGCCAAUGCACCAAGCUCAGCUUCCGUACUUUCGAUCGGCAUCAGGCCUGACCCUGCCUCAACCUGAGGAGCCUCCAGUUUCGCAACAGAUACAGACAUCCAGCUCCGGCCUGGUGUUCCCCGAGGGGACUGUUCAUUUUCCACCCCACAUGACACCGACGACGACAGACACGUCCCCCUUGCACCAGAGGGCCGACGAGCCUCUCCACCUGCUGGUGUCCCCUCGGCAAACCCAGCAGGCAGCCAAGGGCCCUAGGCGGAGUCUGCCCACCGGACCUCCACAGCAACAUGGCCGCGAUCGUGCGCCUAUGCCACCCGCCGCCGUCUCUCGAUGGCCAAGCAGCGUCAAAUCGAGCUCUCAAACCACGGGGGCCGCCAUGAGCUCUCCGCAGCCGCACGCUUCACAGCCACAUAAACGAAGCGCCUUUCAGGCCCCGCCACCGGCAGAGCCGACGACCACGAGCAACCCGACUAGCAGCAGCCAGUACCGGCCUGCGGCACUCAACAUGAACCCGUCGUCAUUCAGCAACUAUGGCAGGUACUCGGAGGCGUUGCCAAACACACCGACGACGUCUGACAGAAUCGGGUACGAGCCGUACUCGUAUCAGAGAAGUAACCAAAGCACCGCGUCGUACCCAGCCUACGACUAUGACCGUAGCACUGCCUCAACCAUGUCGAUGGAGGACUCGUCCAUGGCUUCAGCUUACCCAGCCAACACCCUCAACCUGCCGGACUCGUUGUCGGCCUCGCGGGGCCACAACGCGCCGAGCAGGACCAACUCACCCUACAACAACAGCACCAGCACCGCCCAAGGUGCCGGGAGGAGGUCCAGCCAAGUCUCUGCCUCGUCUUCGGAGUUUAACCUGCGCACCGCUUCUCAGCCGGCACGGCCCGGUCAGGGGCAGGGGCACGGAUCCAUGAAUAAUCACCACCACAAACAACAACAACAACAACAACAACAACAACAACAACAACAACAACGACAACGGCAGCAGCGACAGGAGCCGGCGCAGGGCCAACAGCAGCCAGCGCAGGGCCACCAGGAGCAGAACUGGUACAGCUUCAACGACCCCAGCAACUCGUCGUAUCCGUUUGGGCUUCAGAGGUCCAACUACAGCUGGAAGAUGCCGGACGAACCCUGGGGAGGGGUUUCGUAA